AUGCUGCGGAUGACCCAUAUCAGCCUGCCUGUUCUGGGCCAGGCCUCUGCUCGGAGUGUGUCGAAGCGGGCAGCCAAGCCACUGCAGGUGCUGGUGGCCAAGGAUGGAGUGGAGGUGGCCGGGCGGGCGCGGGUGCGCGGCGAGCGGGUCGGCGUGGCGGCUGGCUUUAUGCGCAACAAGCUGUACCCUGCGGGCGAUGCGGUGUAUGACACCGAGGUCAACCGGGCGCUGUUUGCGCGCGAGGAGGCGAUCGAGGCGGCGACCAAGGCGGCGGCUGGUGAGCGGGCUGCACAGGCCGAGGCCAAUGCGAGCGCGGCCAAGGCGGUGCUGGAGGUGGCGGCGGGCAAGGGCGAGCUUGCGGUCGCGCUGGAGCCCGGACGGAACGGCGCCAACGUGUUUGGCGUGGCCAAGGCUGUCGGCGACGGUGCAGCUGGCGAUGCGAGUCUGAUCUCGCUGCUCGGCCUGCCCAAGGCUGUGCUCGGCCAGGGCGUGCACGAGGUGGCUAUUGCCGGCUCGGCAGCCAAGCUGACGGUUCGGGUCGGGUGAGGUGCUUCGUAAACGAUAGGGAUCGCG